CAAUAUUAAACGACUCAUCAUCAAAUGUAAUUCAAUAGGAUUUUACAUACCCGUAAAACACGUGAUACGCAUUUAGCGAUUAACGCCAAAAUGUCAUCAGCAUGAAUAUUUAUUAUCGCUGGCAGUUGUUAAUGACCAUUGACACCUGCUUUGAAGUGCGUCAGCGAAAAGUUGCAUAUGCGGUAGAACAAUCUUCGAUCGGGACGUUUAUACAGUGGAUGAAAAUGUGCGAGAAUCCAAUUGAUCCCAGCCAGAACGGCUGCUUGAGGGCUGGGGUUUGGAAGAAUGAUCUUAACUCAGUCAUGCAAAUCACGAGCAGUUACGGGCAAAUAAGGGGCUUCUACUGCAGUGUAGUUGGGCAGGCGACGUCCUCCUACAUGUUGUCAGGGAGAUACCUCGUUGGCACUCCUAACACGGUCAUCAUGGGAUGGACCGUCGCCUGGCAGAAUUUCAAAAUGAAAACUGAGUCGUCGACGUCAUGGUCCGCCAUAUCGUACACGGGUGACGUCAUCGAGUCAGUGUCUUCUGACGUCAUACCAGACUCAGCUUUGGAACGCCGUUAGGACAAAUCGCGAUCGGUUUACAAACGUUAAUUGUAAGCUAAAUUAAACGUCAAGAAGAAUCAUCUUCCCUGAUUGGACGCUUAAUAAGAACUUAACAUGUCCUUUAAAUGACUUACCUUCUACACAAUAUAAUCGUCUUGCAGUUUUUGCCUUUAUACUGUCUAGUUAUUACAUUGCCUAACGUGUUAAGGAUGUAGUGAGGGCCGCUGCGACGUGAUGCAUGCGUAGAUGAGACCUUUAACAACCGGGUACUACGGAAUACCGUUAGUGCCAUCGUGGCUACACAUUAAAAUCCAGAGGGCGAUAAUGCGAGAACGCGAUAGUACGAUGGCGACAAUGCGACAAUACGAUGACGACAGUGCGACAAUACGAUGGCGACAAUGCGAUAGUACGAUGGCG